AUUUUCUCUGCCUUUUUCUGGGCUGCUUGCUACGAGUACUUUUUAGUUUCUGAAUCGUUCUCUUGUCGCAAUUCGUUCGGAAAUGUCAACACAGAUAACAUAUCGGAUAUCGCAUACAUUACAUGCAUGAUUAGACGCUUGCGCAAUGAGUUCCAUUUUCAAAAAGAAAGGAGGGCCUGCCUUCAAACCCAAGAUCCCCGCCGCUCGACGCCCCGCGGCACCAGUACCCUCUCAACCUCUCAAAACACCACCGACUGCUUCUCUUCCGCACAACUUAAGGGAUUCAGAAGACCAGGAUGCGCCCCGUCAGUCUUUAGAAACACCGUCGGCGAAGGAACCCGUGAGAUCACCGAUUGAAUCGCAGAUUCAAGAUUCUCGUGAACUUGGUCGCCAAUCUUCUACCCCACCAUCGACAAUUCAGGAGCCUGCAAAGCCUGACGAACAUGCUACAACUGAAGGCUCUGCCCAAGAGAAGUCUCCAGAAGAAAAGCAAAGUGAGCUUUUGAACCGAAAUACCGAGCGCAACCCUGAAACAAUCGGAGUGCCCACCACGGCUGCCCAAGCGACAACCUCGAGCGAGCAAGAACAAAGUCAACCGCCUCCUGCGCAGUAUAAUGAGAUUCACCCAAGUAUCACCGAUGAUGUUCCAUCUCCUGUUCUGCAAACACCAACUCCAGAUGAUUCGGAAGGCCCAAGUGGAACUGAUCUUUCAAAUACACCAUCUCUCCCGGCUACUGACUUGAAUGAUACACCUGAAGAGACCUCAGGAGAACCGCAGAAUGCACCCGAAUCAACGCGUAGACCACGAACCAGGAAGCAGGUUAACCAGGCACCCCAGGAUGAGGCCGAGAAAGAGGGAGGCUCGAAAACGAAGAAACGUCAGAGGAAAACCGAUGAACAAGGCACGGCAUCCAGACAGCCCAGAAAACGCAGGACAACACAGAGCGGUACAAGUACACCUAAAAGCAGACGGGCGCGCUCAGUUACGCCAGAAGAUUCAGAAUCUCAACUGGUGGACUUACAGAAGCUUAAGAUGGCUGAUUUAACCAAGGAUCUUCACAUUGGAAAGAAAUUCAGCAGACAUGAUGAGCUACGAGAACGAGAGAGGCGGGCAAGAAUGAAGAUCAAACUCGGAGUUGACGGCGAACGUGAUAGCUCAGCAACCCCCGAAGACGGUGGCCAAGGAGGGAAGGUUGGAAGCCCCGCUGCAUCCUCGCCAGCUCCUUCAGUUUCAGCUCCGGUUGCACCUUCAGGACCUCAAUUCCGUAUUGUUGAUGGGCAGAUCGUGAUCGACCAAAGCUCGUUGGCUGUGGACAGACAUGCUCGAGCAGCCGCUGCAGCUGGAGACAUGGAAACAGUCGAAGAAAACGACUUCACGCGCCUCAUCACCAGUAACUCAUUCAUGAACACCUCCAAACUUAAGGGUCCCAAUAUCUGGACCGACGCAGAGACAGAACUCUUCUAUCGCGGUCUGCGUAUGCUCGGUACGGACUUUGAGAUGAUUUCCAAAAUGUUCCCGGGCAAGCAGCGGCGUCAUGUCAAACUCAAAUUCAAUCGGGAGGAGCGCCACUGCCCACAACGCGUCAACGCUGCUCUCAUUGGCGAGAAGACUGUAAAGAUCGAUCUUGAAGAGUACAAGGCUUUCACCGGUAGUGAGUUUGAGCCAGUGGCAGACAUCGAGGCUGAACAACGCAAGAUCCAGGAAGAAUAUGAGGCCGAGGAGAAACGCCGAGCUGACGAGCAGGCCGAGAUCAUGCGCAAGAGACGUGAGGAGCUGUUCAAGGACGACGACGAAGGUGACGCGAAGAAAAAGAAGAGGAAAAAGAAGCAGGCAGUAACCUACGGGCUAAACGGUGAACCCAUUGCUCAAGAGGCUUGAGCUGGGAGAGGACAUAAAUCAGGCCGAAAUCAGGAUCAAGAGUACGUCCAAAACCGGGGACAUGAUUCGGGCGGCGUAACGGGGACAGGCAUGAUACCCAUAGGGUUUUUUUUUUGUUUUUUAUUUGCUCACGAAUGAAAGAAAGGGUUACACGGAAUUAGCUUCGAGAGCAGUCUCCGCAGAAUAAUAAUUCUCCUGGGGCAAGGUACACAAUGUGAAAUCUUAAACCUGCUUAACAAAUAUAUCAUCAUGAUAAGUGACGCCUGCCUCUCGUCUCAACAGAUUGGAGCUUCGUACCUUCAACGGGCGUGAAAAUAAGACCGUGGGCC